UCUAAUUAGUUUUAAUCUGCAUUGUUCUUUGUUGUCUGUGUCUAAUGCGCCGCCCCUUCAUCUUUCAAGUUGUUUUUAAAUUCUCCAGAAAUGUUGUAGUCAGAUGUAGAAUGAUAAAAAAAUGAACAAGGAGCGAUUUUUGAGAGACUUUCACGCAGUCUUAGCGCACCACGUAAGCUGCGUGUUAAAAUCGGGAAUGCUCCUGGACGAAGACAUGAGCCUGUUGACGACUUUCUGGGAUCCGAACUUUUACCAAGACACCGUGCGGUUUGACCGUCGAUUGCUGGUUACGUCGGCCGCGCUUACGACUGUCGGCCUCGCUACGACCGUUAAACUGAACAGCAUUUACCCGUUUUUGAUCUCCGCACUGCCGACGAGCAUGCAGCUAAUGUCACGGUCGAUUGUGUGCUAUCGCACGAGGCGGUACAAGAGACGGUUCGAACGCCUUCUUUGCCUGAUCAAAUCUACGUAUUCGAUCACCAAGGAAAUUGCCCAGUACUAUAAGAAGCGCGACGCCGCCGUCAAGAGUCACAAGCUUCAAGUUGGCGCGUUUAACAUACUGGUGGAGCCCGGCGAGGUGUUUCUGAAAUUCGUGGCGAGCAGUCUGCACGAGGUCGUCGAUCAAAUUCGAAAUUGCAUGGUGCAAGUUUGCCUAUCGGUCCCGAUUACCGAGGGGGACUUCGUUGCGUCGAUCGAUUGGAACUUGGACGAUCUGCGAGUGACCGCCGACUUCGGUUUUAAAGAGGUGCGAGCUCGGUUCGACAAACUGUCCGAUCUCUUCCUGCUGAUAACCUCGAAUUUUCUCGGCUGCGUCGGUUUAAGCUGCUGCGUGCAGUUGUGGAGGGAGCGGUGUGACUUGCCGCACGUGCUCGAUUGUUUGUUACCGGAGCUGGUGGGCAAGUUAGACGGGUUGUUAAACGAAGUUCGCGCUCAAUUUAAUCGGAUUCGCUUCAAUUUGUGCGACGGCGUGAUCGACACUGAGGGACGGGCCGUACGAAGUUCUCGACUGGAGCGGCCCAUUAUGGAUCUCCUCCUUUCUUUGCAGAUUACGUUCGAAACGGCUCGACGUUUGCAAGUGCUCGAGGCCGAGGGAAGGACGGAGGAGUGCGUCACGAUACUCGACGACGUUAGCAAGCAACUGGAGGAAAGUCGAGACAUGUUGAGCAUUUUGACCCGCAGGUUUUCAGUUGCGAGGCCGAUACCGACGAAGCCGCCCGUUGAAAUUGUGCCACUCGCGGACGAUCAAAUGGAAAUUGUUGACGGUUACGAAACCGAUGCGGAGUUAGAGGACGAGGAGUACAAUUUGUCGAUGCACGGAAGCGAGCCCGACGAUUCUCCCUACCUGCAGGACGACGCUGACGACUCCGUUGAGAACCUCGGCAUCGUCCUGCUCGAGCUGAAAACCAAGCUCCUGCAAGACGAAGGCAAAGUAGGCAAGCAGGCUCGAGAGGAGCUGAAUCGCGGCGACAUAGUACGGUCGGUCCCGGCGGACGAACCGCCGCCACGGUUACCUACAAUACCCGACAUCGGCGAUGUCGGCGGUCUAGUUCGGGCGAUAACGUUUACCGCUAGAAAAUUGAACCGAUCCGAAGAGUUUCAGUUCGGAUUCAAUAUGUUCCCGGAAAUUCCGAGACCGUUUAACACCACUUACAAAUGUUUCUCGGUGGCCAUGCUUCCCGGAAACGAAAGGCAGGAUGUGGAGAAGGGGGGCAAAAUAAUCAUGCCCCCAUCCGCCUUGGAGCAACUAACAAGGUUAAAUAUAAACUAUCCCAUGCAGUUUAAGAUUGUAAACAAAAACACUAACCGCACAAGUCACUGUGGCGUUCUCGAAUUCGUCGCGGACGAGGGAAAGGUCUAUCUGCCAUUGUGGAUGAUGCACAAUCUGGUACUGGAAGAAAACGACUCGAUCCAGAUAGAAAGCGUUUCGCUACCGGUUGGAACGUUCGCCAAGUUUCAGCCGCUCUCCCCCGAAUUCUUGGACAUUACGAAUCCGAAGGCCGUGCUGGAGAACUGCCUGAGGACUUUUUCGUGUCUGACGUCCGGAGACGUGAUUGCGGUGCAGUACAAUCAGCGCGUUUACGAGCUGUGCGUUUUGGAAACGCAGCCCGGUAAAGCGAUCAGUAUCAUCGAGUGCGAUAUGAACGUCGAGUUCGCCGCGCCGGUCGGGUAUAAGGAGACCGAGGAGGUGAAGCCGCCCGAAGAGGACAUGGCGGUCGAUCCGGCCGAUCUGAUGCCCGAGUCGGCCGGUUUCGUCGCCUUUCGCGGCGCCGGCAAUCGGCUCGACGGGAAGCGUCGCAAGGAUUCGGGAUCGAUGGACGCGGCGAAUCCGAAGCCGGCGUACAAGCGCGGCAUACCCGACUACGAUUAUAAGGUCGGCACGCUGAGAUUCAUGCGAAUGAUUCCGAAGUCGGACGAGAACAGCAAGGAGGAGAGCGAGGAGUUCAAGGCGUUCAGCGGGGAAGGUUUCAGUCUGAGGCGGCGGGAUUAGAUUUAAUUAAUUUGUGUUGUAUUUUUUUAUCAGUUGUUGGCUGUUUCAAGUUAUUGAGGUCGUCAUGAUAGGUUUUGUUUUUCGCGUCUUAUAAAGGUUUCAAAAGAAAA